AUGGCUCUGCACUGCGGCGCGAUGCGGUCCACGACGCUCGCCUCGAUCACGCGCCGGAGCGACGGGCAGGCAGCGGGCUUCACGGCCACCUGCCGCGGGGCCCUGCCGCGCCGUGGUGGUCAACGGACCGCGGCCUCCCGCACCGCGGCGUCGCGCAACGGGGGCUCGGGCGGGGAGCGCGUUGCGCACCAGGCCGCGAACGGCAACAGCGCCGCCACGCAGGAGCCGGCGGCCCCCUUCAGCCCGUACUAUUCCGGCUCCGCGCUGCUGGACGGGGGUGGCUCGUCGAAGGCGAAGAAGCUCGCGCGGAGUGGGCGCACGCUGCUAGUGCCCGAGGGGCUGCCGCGGGAGAAGCGCGUGUUCCUCGUCCGGCACGGCAUGUCGGAGUGGAACCUCGAGGGACGUAUCCAGGGCGACACGAACGAAAGCGAUCUCACGGACGUCGGCAUUGAGCAGGCCCACAGGCUCCGGGAAGCCAUGGCGAACCAGAUCAUCGACGCGUGCUACUGCUCGCCGCUCACGCGCGCGCGGCACACGGGCGAGAUCGUGUGGCGGGACCGGGAGGGCCCGCUGAUCUUCGUCGACAACCUCCGGGAAGCCAACCUGGGGUGGAUCCAGGGCAUGGAGAACAAGUACGCGAAGGAGCACCACAACGAGGUGUACAGCACGUGGCGCGACGACCCCGCGAAUUUCGUCAUCGACGGGCGCGCUCCCAUUCAGGAGCUGUGGGGGCGGGCGGGGGAGGCGUGGGAGGAGAUUCUGCGGGGGCCGGGGGACACCGUGCUGGUCGUGGCGCACAAGAGCGUGCUCAGGGCGCUCAUCGGCGUGUCCCUCGGGCUGCCGCCGACGGGGUUCCGUGCGAUCGACAUCAACAACGGCGGCGUGUCGAUCGUGCGCGUGGCCACGACGGGCGAACCGAUGCUCACGGGCAUGAACAUCAACGCGCACAUGGUCGCAGAUGGCGUCGUCUACUGA